AUGGUUGAGUUCAUGCCGCCGCCCGAGCCUCGCGAUCUCUUGCCGCCGUUGCUGGCGUGUCUGCCAAUCGCCUUUGUCUCGACCCGUCCGCCACCCACGCUCCUCCCUCUUCUUUCGCCUAUUCUGCGCCAGCGCGUGCAGAUUUUCAGCUCCGUCCCGGACUCGCCAGCUGAUUCCUGGCUACGCCUCCUGUGCUGGGGAGAUGCCAAGGCUGACAGUGUGACGCGCUUGCUGGACGGUGUCGAAUUCGAGCCGCACCCGGUGUCUGGAGAGAUUGAGAUCCCAGAAGAUAUCGCGAUUGUGUACAAGCGCAUCGAUCAAGAAACACUACACUCGAGGAUAGCCCUGCCCGAGUACAAAAUCAGUAUUCUGUAUCUCUGGUGCCCGAAUGACCCGGACGGCGGUGGUCCUGGCUGGCGCAUUGCUGAAUUGCAACCGCACGAAAACCCGGAUGAUGGCGACACAAUAUGGUCCGACACAAUUGGAGAGGCAAACGAGCAAUCUCGGAAGAACGUCAUCGACGAUGCCUUGAAGGCUGCUGACAGUAACAACCGCGAUGAGCCGACGCAGGACGAAGGCGACGAUGACGAUGACUACUGGGCCCAGUAUGACAACUCGCCCAGCAGGACACCAGCGGCCAAGACACCUGCACCUCGCUCCAUGGCUCAGGCACCUGCAGUGUCUGAAGACAACUACUUUUCUCGGUACGCCGAUGUCCAGCCUGCCAUGGACAACCAUGAUCCCUCGGAGGAGACCCCCGAGCCUGGCGUCUCGUCUCUCAAUGGCGACGUUUUUUCCGAUAUAUUGCAACAACACAACAAGGCACACGAAACGCAGGACAUCCUAGCUCAAAACGGCUUCGGAGAUGACCAAGCGCAUGCCGAAGCAGUGACCAUGAUGCUCAACCACCCGCGGCCCUCGUCUGCUUCGUCGGGCUCUGCUGUAGCAAAGCUGGAGCAGGAAGCAGAGAGUCAAUCGGCCUCGGAGGUCGCCAUCAAACAGCACAUUGGUAGCAGUAUCAAAGGCCUGUACCGACUUGCCAAGACGAGCGGCAUGCCUCGACACGAAUUCCAGAGUCUGAUUCGGGCGGAGCUUGAACUUUUAAGUCUGUCCGAUGAUGAAUAG